GUUAAUGAAAAUUCAGAUGUCUCAAGUUGAACUUCUAUACAAUCCCAUUUGCUUUGCUGAACGAUCCAUGAGAGGCAGCAACUAACAUAGUUUAAGAGUAACAAACACCAAACAAUCGAUCGGAACAUUCCAUGAUCAUGGAUAGUUCUCAUGUUGAAGAAGCGAUGCAGGUGUUGACUUCCGCUCUUUUUCAACUCAAAUGGCGCCUUAAACAUUCAUCAAAGCUUCGUCUCGAAACAGAUAUUUUGGCAUUGUGCUCUGGGAUGAGGCCUCUUGUGAUGAUAGACUAUGGUGGAAAGAUGCCUCAACUGCAAGACCAACUGUGUUCCCUUCUUGCUCAUAUUUCCAAGGAGUCUACUAUAUUCCAGCAGCUACGAGUGAUGGUCAUUGAAGAUAUGAUUUACCUGCUAAAUGCCAAGGAAUUUUCUGAAUAUAUCAUCUGGAGCUUAAGCUCUGAUGCUAAUCAGUGUUUUGUGGACCUUGAACAGGAUCCUCUAGAGAUGGUAUCAGCAGCUCUGGGGAGCUCCUGUAUCAAGGAAUUAGAGUCUGUUCAAAAGUUUUUUUCUUCGGUGUUUACUCCUGAUGGUGUUAAUAGAGAUGCAUUGCAAGGAAAGAAUGAUGAUCAGCAAAAUGCCAAGGCUUCUUCUAGGAUUUGCCAAUAUUCAAAGGUUCUUGAUUGCAGCAGCUGCAUGCAAGACUAUCAGAUCUCAAUACCAACUCUAAAUGGAUGGCUUCUUGGAUAUCCAGUUGUAUAUCUAUUUGGAAAGGAUCACAUCUCAGAUGCUAUUUAUAAUCUCUCAACCACGCCUCUCCAUCUGUACCAUGUUUUAGUCCAUAGAAACGUCUCUUCUAGCACUACAUCUUCACCGGAGGAGCUAAUGAGUUUUUCAGUGCCUUAUGAGUUGAGUAUGAAAGGUCGGAAUGAAUCCUGGGCACGAGCAUUUUGGGUAGAAGUGCAAGCAAAGCAUGAAAAAUGCAAACAAGUAUGGAGAUCGAUUCAUAUGGAGGUUGAUGAAUGCUAUCCGCAAGCCAUUGCAUUGUAAUAUCGAGUAUCAAAAUAGUUUAGUUCGUUGGAAAAUAACUCAUUUGUAUUCCUACAUUGAAAAAUUAGAAAGAUAUUGUCUUACAUAUAAGUUUGAUGAAUUAUUCCUUCGAUUAUUAAUUAAUUUUAAGAUUAAAUCUCAUUGAUUUUGUGUACAUUCUAACUCUUUUAUAAUAAUUACAAGUUAACAAUCAGUUGUA